AGCCAGAACUCUUCUGCCCCUUUGGAAGUGUGACUGGUAAUGGGUAAUGGUGUGAGAGAGGGUCCAGUGGAAUUCCCAAAGGAUGUGGAGCCAGUCACAGCAGCCCAUCUCCCAGCAGAGGAUAACCAGGAGAAGAAGAAAGUGCUCAACUCCCUGAUGUCUGGUGCACUGGCUGGUGCUGUUGCUAAAACUGCAGUGGCUCCCCUGGAUAGGACAAAAAUCAUGUUCCAAGUGUCUUCAAAAAGAUUUUCUGCCAAGGAGGCUUACAGGCUCAUCUACCGCACCUACCUCAAUGAGGGCUUCUGGAGCCUCUGGAGGGGCAACUCGGCCACCAUGGUCCGCGUGGUCCCCUACGCCGCCAUCCAGUUCUGCGCCCACGAGGAGUACAAGCAGCUCCUGGGGAGCUACUACGGCUUCCAGGGAAAGGCCCUGACCCCCUUCCCUCGGUUCAUUGCUGGCUCCCUGGCGGGCACCACGGCUGCCAUGGUCACCUACCCCCUGGACAUGGUCCGUGCCCGCAUGGCUGUCACACCCAAGGAGAUGUACAGCAGCAUUGUCCACGUCUUCAUCCGGAUAUCCCGGGAGGAAGGGCUGAAAACCCUGUACAGGGGGUUCACCCCCACCAUCCUGGGGGUCAUCCCCUACGCUGGGCUCAGCUUCUUCACCUACGAGACGCUGAAGAAAGUCCACGCAGAUCACAGCGGGAAGGCCCAGCCCUCCCCUCCGGAGAGGCUGCUCUUCGGGGCCUGUGCGGGGCUCAUCGGGCAGUCGGCCUCCUACCCGCUGGACGUGGUGCGGCGGCGGAUGCAGACGGCCGGGGUGCUGGGCCACACCUACAGCUCCAUCCUGCUCACCAUGAGGGACAUCGUCAGGGAGGAGGGACUCGUCAGGGGCCUGUACAAGGGCCUCAGCAUGAACUGGGUCAAAGGGCCCAUCGCGGUGGGAAUCAGCUUCACCACCUUCGACCUGACGCAGAUCCUGCUCCGCAAGCUGCAGCACGGCGGCGGGGAGGAGAGGUAGUGCC